AUGCAAUGUCAGAUCUUUCCGGGAACACAUGAGCGACGCGUCUUUGUCCAACAGACACCAUCCGAGCAGAUUUUAGAAGCUGUUUUGGCUCCAUCUGUUGAAAGAGUCGAGCCACAGAAGCCUAAAGCACCAGAAAGUGCACGACCUGUGGAAAUCUACGAUUAUCUUCGGAUUAAAGAGCGUCCACCACCGCCGGUGGAGGAGUUACCUCGCAGAAGACGUGAACAAGUCGAUCCAAGACAAUUUCAACCGUCCGCUCCUCAGCGUUUCGAACCUUUCGACCCCCGAGAUCCUCGGAAUAGACAGCAACCACCAUUUGAUCCUCGGGAUCCACGAGCAGCACAGUUCCACGAUCCACGCGAUCCACGACUUCAAGAUCCCCGACGUCAGGGUCGUCCCAUUCCCGUAGAUCAGAGCGGUCGCCCGAUUCAACCGAAGAAAAUCCCGUUGGAUCAAUACGACCCACAUGUGGAUGCACGUUAUCCGGGUAAGGAAGCUUCCUGCAUCCUUUUCAACUGA